CCACGUUUUGCGGUAGCCAUUUUGCGUGUAUUGUGACGCCGGUCGCCGUGUGCGUAGGUCUCGUCGUCGCAGCGUCGAUUCAUUUCUCGCCUACUUGCCGUCGUGCAGUGCCGUCCCGUCUGCGUUUUGCGACGCGAUAAAAGGUCGUUACUUCGCCAAGCGCGUAGGACGUACCGGAUCCACUGAAGCUGACCAUGAGUGACCGUGAGGGCACCCCUGAAGAGGAAGCCGGGGAAGACUACAUCCAGGACAAUGCAGCGGGAGAGGAGGAAGAGGAGGAGGCUGCUCCCUCGAGGGACGAUGAGGAUGACGACGGGGGCCGCAAGAGCCACGACGAAGGAACACCGGAAGAUGACUCUCACGAGGGUCGCCGCAGGCAGCGUUCUCGCUCCCGGAGUCGGUCCCGAUCGUCACGGAGACGUCACCGUCACUACAGCCGCUCCCGAUCACGCUCGCCGAGGCGUAGCAGAUACUACUACGGCUCUCGCAGUCGAAGGAGCCACAGCCGAUCUCCCAUGUCAAAUCGGCGACGCCAUGUUGGGAGCCGGGACAACCCGAGCACGAGCCGGUGCCUGGGCGUGUUUGGACUCAGCCUUUACACGCAAGAACGGGACCUCAAGGAGGUCUUUUCCAAGUACGGCCCGCUCGAGGAUGUCCAAGUGGUGUAUGAUGCUCAGUCUGGUCGCUCUCGAGGUUUCGCCUUCGUCUACUUCGAGUCUGUGGACGAUGCCAAAAUGGCCAAGGACCGCUGUAACGGCCUUGAGAUAGACGGCCGCAAGAUCCGAGUGGACUACUCAAUCACCCAACGGGCACACACACCCACACCGGGCAUCUACAUGGGCAAGCCAUCCUAUGGCAGCGGUGGGGGUGGCGGGGGCGGCGGCUACGGUGGUGGCGGCGGCUACCGCAGUGGCUAUAGGGACCGUUCGCCAUCCCCCUACUACAGCCGGGGGCGGCGCUACUCGCGCUCUCGGUCUCGGUCGUACUCCCCUCGGAGGUACGCAUACUACUGAGCAAGCGCACACACACACACCUCUCUGUACCCCCUCCCUCCUCUCACACCCCACCUACCUUGAGAAAUCAUUUCAUGCAUUACCAGCUUGUCACCCCGAGGCUGCUGUCCAUUUUUGAAAUAAAGGUUCGUCGGCUGCCCAUGUCACACGCAGCCUCGUCCUCAAUCUUGAGAAAAAAUAAACUCUUGUGUGCCCGUGUU